CAGGAUAUGACUUUGCUUAACAGCUCCAAUAAUUUGCCCUGGGACUUAAUACUUCAGGCUAUGGCUAGCUGCCAUUCUUUAAUCAAGAUGGAUGGGAAAUUAAAUGGAGAUCCACUGGACUUGAAAAUGUUUGCAGGGACAGGAUGGGAACUUCAAGAAUAUAUUGCUAAAAUGGUCGAAGAUGGGCCAUCGAUUACUUGCACAAUAGCAAAACCUGAAUUUAAAGCAGGACAGGUACCCAAGGAAGGAAUCAUCAUUCUACAUCAGUUUCCCUUCUCCUCCACUGUACAGCGUAUGUCAGUGAUCACUCAGGUUAUUGGAGAGAGUGACCUCACAGUGUUUAUGAAAGGAGCUCCAGAAAUGGUUAUCCAUUACUGCAAAUCUGACACAGUUCCAGACAAUUUUUGUAAGCAACUGGAUUUCUACACAAAGCAAGGCUUUCGUGUAAUAGGACUGGCAUAUCGAUCUCUACAAAAGGAGGGACUGCCACUUAUAUCGGAUUUAGAAAGGGAAGUAGUGGAGUCCAACCUUACAUUCCUUGGGUUACUGAUCCUAGAAAAUCGUCUCAAACCAGAGACAAGUUCUGUAUUAAAGGAACUAAGUGCAGCAAAUAUAAGAACAGUUAUGGUUACAGGUGAUAACCUUCAGACAGCUGUGACAGUUGGGAAAAAUUCUGGGAUGAUACCUGACAACAGUGAGAUCAUCCUACUAGAAGCCUGUGAACCUGAAAAUGAUUUACCUGCAUCACUUACCUGGAAAUACAUGGAUGAGGAACAAGUUGAUGGGAACCCAUCAAAACCAACAGAGUCAAAAAUAAACAUUGAUGGUGGAUGGAUUAUUAACCCCACUGCUCAUGGAAAUUUUCAUUUUGUGUUGACUGGAAGGUCCUACCAGGUUAUAAGUCAAUAUUUUUACAACGUGCUACCAAAAAUAUUACUGAAUGGAACCAUUUUUGCCAGAAUGAUACCAAAACAAAAGUCCAACCUAAUUGAAGAACUUCAGAAGUUAGAUUACUUUGUUGGAAUGUGUGGAGAUGGAGCAAAUGACUGUGGGGCACUGAAAAUAUCCCAUGCUGGAAUUUCGUUGUCAGAAUUAGAAGCAUCUGUUGCUUCACCUUUCACUUCCAAAAUUCCAAAUAUUCAAUGUGUACCGAUACUUAUCAAGGAAGGAAGGAAUACUCUGGUUACAACAAUCUCUGUAUUUAAGUUCACAACCAUGUCUGUCCUUAUUGGUCUAACUUGCACAGCAUACCUAUUCUGGAAAAAAACUCUUCUUGGAAAUUAUCAAUACCUAAUACAGGAUGUGUCUAUCAAUAUUCCAGUAGCCUUAACUUUAUGUUUGAAUGGACCAGCACCAAAGCUUUCUCCAUACAGACCCCCAGGACAGCUUCUUUCUCCUCCAUUAUUAUUGUCUAUUGCUAUGCACUUGAUGUUCACGGUGAUUGUACAGAGAAUUGCUUUCUUCCUGCUUCUGCAACAGCCAUGGUACAAUGAAACAGAUGUCUUCAGUGCCUGUCUACCAUUGAACCAUAGCAUAGAAAAUGUUACUAUUAGAGAACAUCGGUAUUCAGAGAACUUCAUCACCACAACAAUGAAUCUUUUGGUAGGAUUCAACCUUAUUAUUCUAGUGUUUGUCUUUUCCAAAGGACGGCCAUUCAGACAACGUUUGUAUACUAACUAUAUACUUACCUGUUUGCUGAUUUUGCAAGUGACAAUUUAUGUGUUUUUGUUGUUUGCUGACAUUGAAGCCAUGUACACUGUUCUGGAGCUGGUGUGUACCCCAUAUUACUGGAGAGUGGACAUCUUUAUCAUGAUGGUUGUUUUAUUUAUCGUGUCGUACCUUGGAGAGGAAUGGUUCAUUGAAAACCGAAAAACUAUGGCUUUGGAUAAAGAGAAUAUUUAACUACAAAUCAAAAAGUCAGUAUAGGAAACUGCAGAGGAAACUGCAUAAAGACUCUGAAUGGCCUCCGAAGAAUAGGACAGACUAUGCAAUUCAGACUGUUCCCGUGAAAAGCACUGAUAUCAUUUACAGUAUGCCUACCUACAAAAAAUCACCACAUGGAAAAGAAGUAAUUUCAGAACACACAAUUGUAACAGCCAUGUGA